AUGAGACGGACUACGAUCCCUGUGGAGAACCUGUUUGCAUGGGGUAAGCUGAACGGUGUCGAGUUCAUCAACGUUGAUGUGAAGUCAGACAUCACUUCGCAGGACGGGGUUUUUAGAGGCGCAGGCCUCGUCAGUACGUGCGACCGUAGCUCAAAGGACAGCGCAGCAGUUUUGGUGUCCGUUCCUCAAGACCUGAUUUUGUCACGAGAACAGGUGGACCGCUAUGCCGCAAUUGAUAAGCCCCUGAAAUCGGUGUUGGAUGCUGCUGGUGCGUUUGGAAAGACAGCCCGAGGUGCAAUUCUAAUCUUCUUACUGGUCCAAAUCACAAACGCGAGUCCUGAUUUCGAUGGUCCGAUAUCAGUCACAAAUCCACACACUGACUAUGUCAAACUCCUACCUGAAACAGUGUUGUUGCCGACUUACUAUACAGACGAGGAGAAAGAUCUGCUGUAUGGAACAUCGUUAGACGCCGCCCUCGACCAAAAGUUGCGAAGCCUGGAGAACGAAUUCGAGGAGCUCCAAGGAUAUACGCGGGACAUAGCAUGGUGUCAGAAGUAUUGGUGGGACAGAGAUAGCGGUAAAAUGUCAUUUGACGACUGGAUGCUGGUGGACGCCCUCUACAGAUCUCGCGCACUGAAUCUACCAGGCACCGGAAAUGCAAUGGUCCCGUGCAUUGACAUGGCUAAUCACAUGUCUGGCAUUGAAACGAUUGCUUCAUAUGAGACGGGCGCCGACGGCGGCGCCAUACUUCAAAUUAGACCUGGCACAGAGUUAGCCGCGGAUGAAGAAGUGACCAUUACAUACGGAGACGAAAAGGGGGCCUGCGAGAUGAUCUUCUCGUAUGGCUUCCUUGAGCCAGGAAUGUCGGGUGCCACAGCCAUUUUCUUAGACUUUCAAAUCCCAGAUGAUGACCCGCUACGUAUGGCCAAGAAGACUGUAAACAAGGAAGCACCGGGUGUUAGACUUUUCGUUAAUAGCAAUGGAAAGCUUGAUUGGGAAGGUAACUACAUCUGGUGGGCUUGCGUGAAUGAGGAAGACGGACUUGAUUUUCGUGUGACCCAGGAAAACGAUGGAAACCGAAGGCUUGAGGUGCUGUGGAAAGACCAACAUAUCGACCCCUCUCAGCUGUCGAAGACAUUAGAGAGCGAUCUCAAGUGGGACAUUUUCCAACUGCGCGCGAUUGUCAUGCUUCAGGAUCGAGUUAGCCGACAAGCGAACAAUCUCGAGGCGAGCGAGGAAUCGUUCAUGGAGAGCCAAGGGCAAUCUGGAAUUAGGGAUGGGGUAAGGAUACUUAUUGGACAACUAAGAGUCCGCGAGGCCGGCCUUCUAGCCCAAUUUGACCGAUUGUUCGAGGAACAGAAGACAGACCUUCUGAGCAGCGACACAGUGAGAAGGUAUCUUGAAGAAGCACAAGCGAACGUCGACUCGCAUCUACCCCCGGAAACGAAUGAGGAUGACUUUGCAUAA